GGAUUUCUGCACCAAUUUAAACGGAGAGCGACCGCUUCCUGUUUUGGUAACUAACACACGAAUACACGGUCGAGCGAAGAAAGGCAAACAAAUCGCACAUUUAGUCAUAUAAAUCGGCAGCAAAGGCGGCUCAGGAUUAAACUGCGCGCCUAUUUUGAAGGACGCUGUUUCUGGUUUGUAAUUAUGUUUAAGUAGUCAGUGCUGACGGUAAGGCGACCGUUAAGUCCGGUAGAUUUGAACGUUAGAAUCGAUUAAAAACCACCAUGCCGUCCCGGGUGGAGGACUACGAGGUACUGCACACCAUAGGAUCCGGCUCCUACGGAAGGUGCCAGAAAAUAAGGCGGAAAGCCGACGGAAAGCUCCUGGUGUGGAAGGAGCUGGAUUAUGGCACCAUGGCUGAGAGUGAGAAGCAGAUGCUGGUGUCAGAGGUGAACCUGCUGAGGGAGCUCAAGCACCCAAAUAUAGUGAGGUACUAUGACCGCAUCAUAGACCGAACUAACACCACCCUGUACAUCGUCAUGGAGUACUGCGAAGGCGGUGACCUGUCCAGUCUCAUCAGCCGUUGUGUCAAGGAGAGGCGGUAUGUGGAGGAGCAGUUCAUUCUGCGAGUCAUGGCCCAGCUCACGUUGGCCCUGAAGGAGUGCCACAGGCGGAGUGACGGCAGGGCGACGGUCCUUCAUCGGGACCUGAAACCGGCCAAUAUCUUCCUCGACAUCAGGCAGAAUGUCAAACUGGGCGACUUUGGUCUGGCGAGGAUCCUGAACCACGACACCAGCUUUGCAAAGACGUUUGUCGGGACGCCGUACUACAUGUCUCCAGAACAAAUAAACCGGAUGUCGUACAACGAGAAGUCCGAUAUUUGGUCUCUGGGGUGUCUGCUUUAUGAACUUUGCGCCUUAUCGCCUCCUUUUACUGCUUACAACCAAAAAGAGCUGGCAGAAAAGAUCAGAGAGGGGAAGUUCAGAAGAAUCCCGUAUCGGUACUCUGAGGAGCUGAACACCCUGCUCAGCAAAAUGCUCAACUUAAAGGACUAUCUCAGACCUUCUGUAGAGUCUAUUCUCCAGAGCAGCCUGCUGUGCGAGGCGGUUGCUGAGGAGCAGAGGAAGGCACAGGCGCUCCCCCAAAGGAGAUCGGCGGACUCUGACGUUCCCCUCCACAAACCCGCUGAGCCGGCAGCCGCCCCUGCUGCAGAGCUCAGACUGAAGGAACAGGCGCUGCGGGACCGAGAACAAGCGCUGAAGGAACGUGAGGAGAGGCUGGAGAGAAGGGAGCAGGAGCUGUGUGCUCGUGAGCGACUUUCAAAUGAGAAGCUUGCACGAGCGGAGAGGUUACUGAAAAAUUACAGCCGCCUACAGCACCAGGGGGACCUGACACCGAUCUGUGGCAGAGACAUAGAUGUGGAGAACCUCUCUCCGGGUAAGAAGAAGGUCCAUUUUGCCGGCGAGAGCAAAGAGAACCAGCGGCCCAAUAAUCGGCAGAGCGUGACAUCACAGGAGCUGCUGCUGCUGAGGAGGCUGCAGGCGGCCCCCCAGCGCACCCAGACGCUGUGCGAAGUGGAGAAGAUGUGUCAGCUCAAAAGCAGGCAGCUCCUCGGCCUCCGCUGAUCACACAGAUGUGACCGUGUGAUUCGUGAACAUGAAAAUAUUUGAAGGCCUUGAGUCGUGACAUCUGGAUGAGAAUGUUUGUGUGUAGCUGUGUAGGGCCUGUGUGUGCGUUCCUGUUAUAUUUGAAUUUAGUUUGAUAAGUGAAUGUGUUGAUAUUGCAGGCAGCUAAUGUGAUUAUCAGUGUACUUUGUAUAUUUUUGCUAUAUUUAUGGCUGUAGACAUGAAAAAAGCUUGUUUAUUUCUUUAAUGACAUGUCUAUUAGAAGUGAUAGUAUAUGAGGAAUAAUCUGUGAUCCUAUGAUGCCAAUAAAUAUGUAAUCUUUCAAGAAUGAUUGUAAACACCACAUGCAAAGUAGAUAUGUUGAU